AUGUCAAUAAAGAGUUACUUGCCAAGAAAGGAGAUAAGGUUAAAAGAGUUAAAUAAUAACGGAACAAUAAUCAAAAAUGACACUCUUGAAUGGGAAUAUUGCUAUGAUCCUACACAAAGUUAUGCAAAUCCAACAAUUGAUUCUAAUAAUGAUACACUCAACGGAUACAGAUCUCAACUAUUAUUGGAUCCAGAGUGCGAGAAAAUCUUCAUAUCAGAUUUACUGACGGAAGCUGCUUCAAAUUCUUCCCUUUAUGAUGAUCCAGAAAGUUUACAUAUUGAAGUACGAAAUAAUGAUGAUUCUGUUAACAGCGUUUCAUUAACAGGUAAACUUCGAAUUGAGAUAUUGAAAGGUAAUAGUCCAAUGAUAUUAAAAUCUUGUCAUAUCUCUUUAAAAUGUUAUGUCAAGGAAUAUGGAUGUUUUAAUUAUAAAACUACAAAUAAAAAAGACAAAUGGGGUAGAGUAUUUCACAAUACUAAUGAAAAAGAAGACGAGAUUGUCUAUGCAAAAAUAGUGAAAGAGCUCGAAUCAGAAAAAUAUUAUUCUUCAAAAUUUUCUGUUAAGCAAUUAAAAGUAAUUGUUUUAGAUAAACAUGAGCGUAUGGUUUUGCUAUCAAAAGGAACGUACCAUUUUCCCUUCACGUUUACGAUAAAUCCAAAAGUUUUCCCUGCAGGAUGUAAAACAUAUUUUGGAACGACGUGUUAUAGAUUGGAAAAUUCUUUGACAUUUUUGAAAAUUCGAAAGAAUCAAAGGUUACAAAAGGAAGUUUUCCAAUUUGAUACCCAGUUUCUUACUAAAAAAAUUUUAAUUAAAAGAGUUUUAGCACCAAGUUGUAUGUUACAGAAUGAACCGAUAUACUCUAGUGGGAAAUGGAAAGAUGAUUCAAUAAUUUACAAUAUGGCAUUAUUUUCAAAAAUGAUUGAGAUCGGUGAACCAUUCGAGUUAUUUCUAUCAAUUUCGAAGAAUACAAUUAAAUAUAGAUUGAAAAAAAUUACUGUCGCUUUAAUACAAAACUUAUCAAUUCCUAAUUUUGAUGGAAAGACAAAGGAAAGGUUAGAGGGAGCUUAUAUCAAUAAGACAAUUUUCAAACUUGCAGGGAAAACAAUCUAUAAUGAUGAACUAAAUGAAAAUGAUUUUUUCCAAUAUACAAUUCAUAAUUUACUUAUACCUAAAAAGGAAAAUUCAGCCUCAUUAAGUAUUAGGAAAAAAUUAAGCCUUACAAAUAUCCAUCCUUUUUAUUGUGAGCCAUGUUUCCAUGAUCCUACAUUUACAAAUUUAAAGAACACACAUAUGUUAAGUGUAAGAUUAACAUUACAAAAUGUGUUUAGAAGUGAUUCAAAAGGAAGGGAGAUUUGGUUAUUUUUGAAGAUUCCAAUCAUUUUAGUAGAUGAUGAAAUGACAAGUAGUUUAAAACUUCCGCCAUAUACCCCUAUUACUUAUAUGGGAAAUAGACAACAACCGAGAGAUGAUGGAAAUUCAGUAUCAACGAUCAUUCUUGAUGGAAUUGAGAGCGAUGUACCAACACCACCAGCUUCUCUAUUUGGCGACACCAUUGAUUUGGAUAGGAAAAAAUAG